AUGGAAGCUAUGUUACCAGUUCCUUCAACUUUUGAGUACAUUGGAGGAUUACCUCGCGCGCUUCAACACCUUCUUGAUAUUUGCUUUCAUAAUUAUAGUAUAAUAAUUGUGAAGAAACAUUCUUUCACACUAUUCAUGAUUUAUGACAAAAUCUUCCAAACCACUAUUGAAAGACUCAAUACUCUUUACAACAUUCAUAAAGUCCCACCUAUCAUCGGACAUUUAAUUAUAUCUUGUGCCGGACAUACCCCUGAAAAAUCUGAUCAGAAAUUUAAAUACAAUGUGCUAAAUUUACCGUUAUCGUUAUUGCAAGAUUUUUCAGUGG